AACUAAAAAAACAAAGUAUUUCUUUUUUGUAAAAUUAAAAUGUUUCACCUAUUAAAUUAAUCUACAGUACUGCUCAACAUCGUCAUAUCUAAUUGAUAAAAAGGAAAAAAUAGUUCUUAUUCAAAAUAUAAGUAACUGUUAAAGUGAAAUAUAAAAAAAAAAUCAUGAAUUUGACAACUCUACAUACACGUGGGUUUGUUGAACCCACAAAAAGUAAAUGUUUUUGUACAGUACAGUAUAACGUGAAAAUGUCUACAAAAUAAAUGUCAUAAUAGUGAAAACAUUCAUUUAAAUGUUUAUAUAUUAUAAUUAAAACAAUUGAAACAAAAAUUAUGCUUUGUAAAUAAUUUUGUAUAUAUAUAUAUACAUAUUAUAUUCUACAUUUAUAAUUGUAUUAUUUUUAUGUGUAAAUUAUUUAUAUAUAUAUUACACACAUACAUAAAUGAAAUUUGACCUGUAUGAAAAAACAAUUGAUUACAUCUGUGAUUUGACAACAAUUACAUACCACGCCCAGUUAUAAUUAAAGGCAAGUUAAUUAAAAAAACAAAAUAAUUCUUAGGAGUCAGGAGAAAAAAUUCAGUUUAAAAAAAAAAAAAGUGCACUUCUUUACAUACGUAUACAUAAAUGAUGAGUGUACAAACGCGAUAUCCUUAUGAGGGUUUACUUCAUAAAUAUACAAAUGCAAUGAAAGGAUGGCAAUAUCGUUGGUUUAUAUUAAGUCCAGAAACUGGAGAAUUGCAUUAUUUUCUCACGGAAAUGGAAAAAAGUCAAAAACCAAGAUGUUCUAUUUAUUUAGCUGGUGCUGUGAUAGCUCCUAGUGAUGAGGAUUCCACGACAUUUACUGUUAAUUCGGCAACAGGUGAUAUGAUUAAAUUGAGAGCAGCUGAUGCUCGAGCAAGACAAGAAUGGGUGGAUAAACUUCGCGCAGUCACAGAAAUGUAUACUAGAGCAAUUGCUAGUAGUCAUCCACCACUUCCUCCGAGGGAGCACAAUAAUCCUACGAUAAGAAAUCCAGUUUCAAAAAUUGAAGUUUUAGAUGCAUUCGCUAAUUGUCGUGAGCAAUUGAUCAAAGUGGAAAAACACACUGUUGCUUUAUCGCAAACUAUUGAAAAUUGUAGCUUUAAUUUAGAACCAGAUUUACUAGUCUUAAAAGCUACUGCCCACGCAACGUUUCAUACAUUAAAUCAAUGUUUAAAUAUUUUAUAUCAAUAGUUUUUUUUUUUUCAAAACGAAAGAAAAAAAUUAUCGAAACGUCAAAAUUUGAGAUUUUACUCAAAAUUCUACAUUUCUACAUUCUUUUAAUAUUCAGAAAUUUGAAAUUUUACGUCUGGAAUUUAUUUUUCCAAUAAUUUUUACAGUGAUUUUUCAAAUUUUGUUUCAAAGAAAAAAAGAUUUUAUUGUUCUUUAUAUAAUUGUUAAAUGUUAAAUUAUUUUUUAUUGUUUUUUUUUUCUAUUGAACAAAUUAUAAAAGUUGGGUAUAGAAAAAAAAUUAAAUUAUUCGAAAAUCAUGUAAAAAGGAAUUUUUAAGAAAUGUAGAAAAUUGAAAACAGUUUUUUUUUUUAUUAAUAUUGUUAAAAAUAGAUUCAGUUUUUGUUUGGUUAUUUUUUUCGCGUAAUUUUGACAAUUUGACAUGCGUGUCAAAAAUUAUCAAAUGUGUGUUUUUAUUUGUUAAAAAUUGGGAAAUUUCUCUUAUCCAGAGAUGCUGUUUUAAGUAUCUCUCUAAUUUGUUUUCUUUUAUCAAAAUCGUUAUAAAUAGAAGAAAAUAAACAUAUCAUUAUUGUAGCAGUCGAUAAUUAUACACGAACGAAAUUGUCAGGAGUAUAUUUAAAAAACGAAAAAAAAAAAAAACUAGUGUCGAUACUUUUUCUACGUCUGAUUUCAUUGAUUUAUAAAUUUUUUAUUCUCAUUUUAAAUCUAUAUACUUAUUUUUAAAAUUUUUUCCAAUUUUUCAAAAUUUUUCAAUUCUUUUACUUGAUAAGUAAAAGGAUAAAUAUAAUUACAAAUUAAUAGUAAAAUCUUUUUACGAAUGAAUUUUAUUAUAAAUCUACUUCCAUUUUGAAAUGUCAUAUAUUUUUUAUAUUUUUUUUUUUUUCAAUUAAAAAUGUCGAAAGAUUGAAAAAAAAUUUGGGAAACAAAUUUUCAAUUAAAAAAAGAAAUAACCAUUUUUCGAAAACUUAUUAACGUGUAAUAUAAAAAUGUAAUUUUUAAACGGUUUCGUCUCUUGUGUUCUCCAAUGGUCAUAAUAUAUAUUUUUUUUUAUUAUUAUUAUCUAGUUAGUAAUAAAUGAUUGAGUACGAAAAUGAUGCAGCUCGAAUGUUAAAUAAUUAAUUAUAAACGAAGCUUUGCAUUUACAAAACUGAUAAAGUCGGUUGAUCCGUCUUUCAAUAAUUAUUGUAUAGUGUUUAUAUUUUAUACGACUUUCAUUGUUUCUGCAUUUUUGCAAUUGAAUAAAACAAAAGGGAAAUAUAA